AUGUCUUCAUUCGAAUCAUCAUCAUCAUCAUCUAUGAAUAUACCUCCACAAACGAAAAGUGAUUAUGAAAAUGCAGAAGAAGAAAAACAAGAAGCUUUGGAUGUAGAUCAUCUUGAAAAAAUGGGUUAUAAGCAAGAACUUCAUCGUGGUUUUUCUUCAUUUAUGUCAUUUGCAUUUUGUUUCACAUCAACUAGUGUUGUAGUAUCAAUUGCAUUAAGUUUUGAUUAUACAUUAAAAACAGGAGGAUCAGGUGUGGCUGUUUGGUCAUGGAUGAUUGGAUCAUUAUUUACUAUACUUGUUGCUUAUUCUUUGGCUGAAAUCUGUUCAGUUUAUCCACAUGCUGGAUCAGUUUAUCAUUGGUCUGGUCAACUUGCACCUGCUGAUAGUGCUCCAUUAAUAUCAUAUUUUUGUGGAUGGUUAAGUUUUGUUGGAAAUGUUACUGGUGAUGCAUCAUAUUGUUCUGGUUUUGUAAGUAUUUUAAAUGCUGUAAUUAUGCUCCAUGAUAAACCAUCAUUAAGUACAACUGAUCAAGUCCUAAUAAGUAUUAUUGUUUUAUUUACAUGGAGUGCUGUAAAUACACUUCGUAUUAAUCAACAAGGAUGGAUAAAUAAUUUAUCAGCUAUUUUUCAACUAAGUGCAACAUUAAUUAUUGUUAUUGUUUUAUUUAUUAUGACUCCAAAACAUGCAACUGUUCAUGAUGUCUUUUUUUCUACUUAUAAUGGUACGGGUUUACCAUUUGUUUAUGUGUGUUGUAUUAGUAUUCUUUCCACUCUUUUUUCAUUAUCUGGUUAUGCAGGUAGUGCUAAUUUAGCUGAAGAAACAAAAGAUGCUGGCCGAACAGCACCUAAAGAAAUAGUUUUGACAUGUAUCUGUAGUGCUAUUGCUGGAUUUGUUUAUUUACUUGCUGUUCUUUUUACUAUUCCAAAUAUUGCACAAUUUGUUAAAGACAAUGAAGAGAAUGAGAAUGAAAAUGGUGACACAUUAGAUGAUACUGUGGCUACUUUUAAACUAGCUCUAUCAUAUCAUGGUACAUUAAUAUUAACUAUUCUUCUUCUCAUUAGUUUUUAUUUUGCUGGUGUAGCAUCUAUUACAUCAACAACUCGACUUUAG